GCCGAGGGGAGGCCAGGCGAGUUGUUUCUCACCGGAGCCGGGAGCGGAAUGACGGGCAGAUAUCCAACAACCUUCCAAGCUAACUCUGCUGACUGCUUUCUGCCACAAAGCUCUGAGAGGACCACUGUAGAUUUCUUCAUCUAGGUUCGAACAAGGCUAAUCUUCCAGCUUCUUUCCUCAUGAAUUUCAAACUGAGCACAAGCCCUGCCCGCAUUCCCCAUGGUGAACAGUAAGGAUAAUUUUGGCCCCAGUGAGAUUGACUUCACCUUACAAUUGGAAACAUGUUGGAAGGCUUAGACACCCAGCGAGCUUUGCAGGCUGUGGAAAGAUUACAGGCAAAGUUACGAGAAAGAGGGGAUGUGACAAAUGAAGAGAGACUGAGCUUAUUGAGAUCCGUGCUACAGAGCCCACUCUUUAACCAGAUCCUGAACCUGCAGAGCUCUGUUCAACAGCUGAAAGAUCAGGUGAACAUCAUGCCACCUGCCACACAUCCAAGCAUUGAUCUUUCUCAGGCAUCUGGCUCACCGGUUACUUCAGUUGCAUCACCAUUAAAUGAAUCGUACAUGAUAGCUCAACAGAAUGGAAGUAAAGAAAUUGAACAUGAAAUUGCAGUGCAGCCUGGCUCUCCUCAUGUUAAUGACAAGCCAUCCAAUGAAGAAUUUGAGCUGAUUUUGAGAAAAAUGGCUCAAGGCCGCUGUAUUGAAUACAUAAAUCUGAUGAAACCUGCCAGUGAUGGUUUGGGAUUCAGUGUUGUAGGACCGAAGAGUGAACAGAAGGGACAACUGGGGAUCUUUGUCCAGGAAAUCCAAGAGGGCAGUGUGUCAGCAAGAGAUGGAAAACUAAAGGAAUCAGACCAAAUCCUAGCUAUCAACAGACAGUUCCUAGACCAGACUGUCACCCAUCAACAAGCCAUUGGCAUCCUGCAGAAAGCCACUGAGCAGAUCCAGUUAGUGGUUGCCAGAGGAUCCAUUCCACAUUUAUCCAGUCCAGUAAUUUCACGUACACCAUCGGAUGCGAGUACACUCUCUGCACAUUCUUCUACUGUCCAUUGGCAGCUUGUUGAGACUAUUGAGCUGGUGAACGAUGGUUCUGGUUUGGGAUUUGGAAUAGUAGGUGGAAGAACAACUGGUGUUGUCGUGAAGACUAUUUUACCUGGAGGAGUCGCUGACCUGGAUGGGCGACUUCAAAGUGGCGACCACAUUCUAAAGAUAGGUGACACAGACCUGCUUGGAAUGGGUAGUGAGCAAGUGGCUCAGGUGCUGAGGCAGUGUGGGAAUCGAGUCAAAUUGGUGAUUGCUAGAGGAGCCAUGGAAGACUCCUUGCCUGCUGGCCCUCAAGGACUUCCUGCUUUACCGUCUAUACCUCCUGUAGCAGAAGAGCCUGAAUCGGUUUGCUAUCAGGAUGUUGAUGGUGAAAUAUUCGAUGUGGAGCUUACAAAAGAUGUUCAUGGACUAGGCAUAACCAUCGCUGGUUAUGUUGGAGACAAAAACUUAGAGCCCUCUGGUAUCUUUGUGAAAAGCAUCACUCAAGGCAGUGCAGUUGAACAGGAUGGAAGAAUACAUGUUGGUGACCAGAUAAUAGCUGUGGAUGGAACAAAUAUUCAAGGCUACACUAACCAGCAAGCAGUGGAAAUGUUGCGUCACACAAGCCAAAUUGUGCGUCUUAUUUUAAUGAGGAGAGGACUCAAACCAGAAGCCUUGACACAGUCUGAGAAUAAGGAUGAAGCAAAACCUGAGAUGGGUGGAGAUGUCCUCACAAUAGAUGACAAACCUGCUUCAGCAAUAUCUGCAAUGAUUGAAGAAUCAUCGGCACUGGUGAAUAAGAUUUCAAAUGCUGCCCCUACUAAGGAGCAAGAAAUUGAAGCAGAAGGUGAAACCAGGUUCACGGCAGCAGGAUUUCAGCUCAGCUCAUCAGAAGAGGAAAGUCUUUGUUUUAAAUGGCAAGGGAUUCUUGGAGCUAAAUAUGAAAUUGUGGUGACUCAAGUAAUAAAGUUCACUGAAAGCAGUGGCCUGGGCAUAAGUUUGGAAGCCACCAUUGGGCAUCAUUAUAUUCGUUCCAUCCUCCCUGAGGGGCCUGUAGGACGUAAUGGAAAACUGUAUGGUGGUGAUGAGCUACUAGAGGUGAAUGGAAUACCACUCCUAGGUCAGAAUCACCAAGAUGUUGUCAGUAUUCUCAAAGACUUGCCUAUCACUGUCACUAUGGUCUGCUGCCGCUCAAACCUGAAGGCCAAGAAGGAAACUGAUGUAGAUAGCAUGAUUCCCAUAGAAGAGGCCAUUCAGUCAGCAGAGGAGCCAUUGGAGUUUCUUCCUCAGUCAGUGACUUUAGCUUGGAUUGAUCAUCAAGAGGAAUCAAUUGUUGGUCAAGGCUUUUUACAGAGGCACGUCGAUCAAAAUGAGAUUACAGCAACACCUGAUGCAGACGAUGAUGUUGCUGUUGUUGUUGAGAUAGAAAGAAGACAGAGUGGUGUGGAGGCACAAGGCUCUCAUUUGGCAAUGUGGGAAUCUGAAAUUCAAAACAUAGAAUUAGAGAAAGGUAGCUCAGGCCUUGGGUUCAGCAUUCUGGAUUAUCAGGAUCCGAUUGACCCAAUGCGAACAGUUAUUGUGAUUCGUUCAUUAGUGCCCAGUGGUGUGGCAGAACAAGAUGGUCGACUUCUUCCAGGAGACCGACUCAUGUUUGUCAACAGCACCAACUUGGAGAAUGCUACUCUUGAGGAAGCUGUUCAGGCACUGAAAGGUGCAUCAGGAGGCAGAGUUAGAAUUGGGGUAGCCAAGCCUUUGCCACAGUUUUCUCCAGAGGAGGGAGAUGUGUCUACUAAAGAGGAAUCUUUACUCUACUUGGGUCAGCCUUGUGACGGGGAUGAUGAGGAGGAGGCAGCAGCCGAUGCUGCUGUCUUUCGUGCAGAGUUAGCACUGGUAGAAGCAAGUGAAACAAGUGUUGCUGAUGAACAGACAUUUGAAAGGGAGUCAUCUUUUGAAGUAGAAGAUGUCCAUCAGGCUUCCACUGUGGCCAUGCAUGGCAGUGCCUGUAGUGAAGAUCUGAAUGUUAACCUUUCAAUUCCAUCAUUGAUUUAUAAGGAUGCACAGGAAAUUUCAUUGGGUGAUGACAGCCUAUCCUCCACUGAUGAGAGUUACUGGAAACAGAUGUCCUUAGCCAGAGGAUUUGAAAAAACCAUUUCCAUCGCAAAAGGCAAUGCUAGCCUUGGAAUGACUGUAAGUGCCAGUAAGGAUGGCUCAGGAAUGAUGGUGCGUAAUAUUAUUAAUGGCGGUUCUAUCAGCCGUGAUGGCCGAAUUGGGGUAGGUGACUGCAUCUUAGCAAUCAAUGGGGAGCCAACUACAAAUCUCAACAAUGCACAGUCCCGUGCGAUGCUUCGAAGACAUUCUCUAAUUGGACCAGACAUAAUAUCUCCUUGUGCACCUGGUGAUGAUCAAUCCCCUUUUUAUGUUGUCACAUAUGUGCCUGCGGAGAAUCUGCUAAAGUACAGGGCUGUCAUGGGUCAACAACUUGAAGGAAUCACGACUAAUGCCUCAUCACAGCUGCCUGCCAGCACUGAGCUACCAGAGAGGGAGGAGGGUGAAGGCGAAGAGAGUGAACUGCAGAAUUCAUCUUACAAUAACUGGAGACAAGCUCGGCGAGUGGAGUUAUGGCGAGAACCUGCAAAGUCCUUGGGAAUUAGUAUUGUUGGAGGAAAAGGAAUGGGAAGUCGACUGAGUAAUGGAGAGGUCAUGAGAGGAAUAUUCAUCAAGCACAUCCUGGAGGACAGUCCAGCGGGAAGAAAUGGUACAUUAAAAACUGGAGACAGAAUUGUUCAGGUAGAUGGGGUUGACUUGCGAGAUGCCAGCCAUGAGCAGGCAGUUGAAGCUAUUCGAAAAGCAGGCAAUCCUGUCAUGUUUUUAGUCCAGGGUUUAAUAACCAGACCUCGGCCAGAGUCUCUCUGUAGUCGUAUAUCAACAUUUGUUCUUAGUGGGCAGAAACAUACCUCUACUAACCCAUUCUCCCUUGAUCCAUCCAAGAAACAACCUUUGUCUUUCCUGCAAUCUAACCCCUUGCCUGAAUCGAGCAGUGGCAGCAGCAGUACUAACCCAUUUGCUGACUCUUUUCAGACCCGCAAUAGCCAGACCUCUACAGCUUCAAAUGAUGAGAAGGCCUUCUGUCAAGCCCCUUAUUUUAUGACCAAAAAUCCAUUUUCUGAAAAUAAAUUCAAGGUUUCUGCAUAUCGAGCUAGGACUUUUCUACGCCCUUUCCCAACUAACCCAUUUGCAAUCAAUCCAUUUAAGACCACCAGCCAGCCAGAUAUAGAGACUGAAAUUAUAUCAGCACUCGGAGAUCCACAGCUGCUACCAUCUGUUGAAAAAGAGGAAACAAGCAAUGUCGUGGCAUCACUGGGGAACAUGGGCAUUAAAUCAGAAGAUGGAGUGGAGGAAGAUGAUGAAUUUGGUUACAGCUGGAAAAAGAUCAGACAGCGGUAUGGAAGCUUGAUGGGGGAACUGCAUAUGAUUGAGCUGGAAAAAGGGAAGAGUGGGCUGGGCCUCAGCCUGGCUGGCAACAAGGAUCGAUCCAGAAUGAGUGUUUUUGUAGUUGGCAUUGAUGCAAAUGGAGCAGCUGGCAAAGAUGGCAGGAUACAGAUUGCAGAUGAGUUACUAGAGAUAAACGGGCAGUUACUGUAUGGACGCAGUCAUCAGAAUGCUUCAUCAAUAAUCAAAAGUGCACCAUCAAAAGUGAAAAUUAUUUUUAUCAGAAGCACAGAUGCAGUCAGUCAAAUGGCAGUCAGUCCCGUAAAAUCAGUUGACACAACCACAAUUACUUCAGGAGCCCAGCAAGAGAAAGAGACAGGCACAUCAUUAUUCCAAAGUGGAAUGGAUCUGACUGCAUUUAAAAAUAUUCAACAUGUGCUACUUACUAAGGAUCAAGGUGGACUCGGAAUUGCAAUUAGUGAAGAGAGUACACAUGAUGGUGUCGUUAUUAAGAGUCUAACGGAAAACGGUACAGCAUCAAAGGAUGGAAGGGUUAAGGUUGGGGAUCGUAUCUUGGCGGUGGAUGAUGAACCUGUUGUGGGUUACCCUGUUGAAAAGGUUAUAAAUUUGCUGAAGAAAGCAAAGAAUACGGUGAAACUAACCAUCAGUUUGGAUGAUGUGAAUAUGCAGCUAUCUCAUACACCACCUACUGCCACUGCUUUGUCAGAUUCUAAAAACAUUCAGUCUCCUUCAGUACACAAUAUUGCUGUCUCACCUGAUACAGAUCCCAUCAAUAAGGGCUCAAGCAGAGCUUCAACCCCUGGUUCAUCAACAAUAGACAUGUCAACUUGUCCAAUUGUCCCUGGACGAGAAACAACCAUUGAAAUUUCCAAAGGACGCACUGGACUUGGGCUGAGCAUUGUCGGAGGGGCAGAUACACUAUUGGGUGCCAUAAUUAUUCACGAAGUCUAUGAAGAAGGAGCUGCAGCCAAAGAUGGCAGACUAUGGGCAGGAGAUCAAAUAUUGGAGGUUAAUGGAAUCGAUUUGAGAGUUGCCACUCAUGAUGAGGCAAUAAAUGUUUUGAGACAAACUCCGCAAAAAGUACAACUGACAGUCUACAGGGAUGAAGGCCAUUAUAAGGAAGAAGAUAUGUAUGACUUGCUAAUUGUUGAAUUGCAAAAGAAACCAGGGAAAGGGCUUGGACUGAGUAUUGUUGGAAAAAGAAAUGAUACUGGGGUCUUUGUGUCAGACAUUGUAAAAGGAGGAAUAGUAGAUCUGGAUGGAAGACUUGUGCAAGGAGACCAAAUACUGUCUGUGAAUGGGGAGGAUGUUCGAAAUGCAACUCAGGAGACUGUUGCUGCUAUGCUGAAGUGUGCACAAGGCAUGGUAAGAUUAGAGGUUGGCAGGGUGAAGGCUGGAUCGUUCUCACCUGAUAGAAGAGGUUCCCAAAGUAGCCAGGUCAGCGAAGGGAGUUGUGGUGGUGGACUGACCACAUUCUGUUCUACUGCUUCUGGAUCUACCCAACCUGAUCUUUAUGAAACUGGAUACAGAAAACAUGCCUGGACAGAAAUUCAAGGAUUAAGAACAGUUGAGUUUAAUAAGGGGCCGAUUGAUUCGCUGGGAAUCAGCAUUGCAGGAGGAGUAGGUAGUCCUCUUGGAGAUGUUCCCAUUUUCAUUGCAAUGAUGCAGCCAAAUGGAGUAGCAGCCCAGACCCAGAAGCUGCGGGUUGGAGACAGGAUUGUAAGUAUUUGUGGGAAACCUACAGAAGGCUUGACUCAUUCCCAGGCUGUAAGCAUACUGAAGAGUGCUUCAGGUCAUAUAGAAUUACAGGUGGUUGCAGGCGGUGAUAUUAGUGUGAUGACUAGUCAGCAACAGGAACACACUGCAACUACACUUUCUCUCUCAGGGCUGACAGCAAGCAGCAUCCUUCAUGAUGACCUAGGUCCUCCACAAUAUAAAACAAUUACUUUGGACAGAGGUGCUGAUGGUCUAGGUUUUAGCAUUGUUGGUGGAUAUGGCAGCCCUCAUGGAGACCUGCCUAUUUAUGUCAAGACAGUAUUUGCAAAGGGGGCAGCUGCUGAAGAUGGACGUCUGAAACGUGGAGAUCAAAUAAUUGCUGUCAAUGGGCAAAGCCUUGAGGGUGUUACACAUGAAGAAGCUGUUGGUAUUCUGAAGCGCACAAAGGGGACAGUUACACUAACAGUACUUUCCUAAUGUAUGUUGUUCCAGGGAAGACUCAAAUGCUCAGUAUAUUGACAUGAUGAAUAAGAAUUGAAAUGGGAUGUUGUGUUUAAUUAACAACUCUACUAAAUUUAUAGAGUGCAUUUUGUAAUAUAUGGCUUUCUUCUGCUGAGGACUAUUAGAUAAUGUGCAAAGGCGUUCUUCAAAAAAGAAAGACAAUAUUACAAAUAUGCCCUGUGGGCUAAAUAAGAAACGGAUGAAAAAGAUUAAAUGUUUAGCUAGUGUCAAUUAAAUGUUUCUAUUUUUAAUUUGAAAUCAAAUAACCAUGAAAAAGUGUGUUGCGAAAUUGAAGAAAUUUAAAAACAUAGCAGGCUGCCAUAGUAUUUAUGUACAUCAUGUUCAGGAGCUGUAUUCUAGGAUAUACAUUACUACUUUACCUUGAUACCACAUGCUGUUUACAGUACUUUUUCAGAUGCAACAUUAUUUUUAAUUUUGCUCCCAAAUUUACAUAUUCGCCCAUUUUAGGCUUUAACAUAGUUCAAGAAUUACUAUGUAAUUUCUGUUGCUUUCUGCUUUAAAAUUAUCACAAAAUAUUUUGCAGUUGAACAGUUAAUUGGAUUAAAUAAAGCAUUUGUUGUCUCAGUAUGUCUGUUAUGUGGUGGGGGACCUGCCACUGAGCAAUUUCAGUGAAGAAAUUGUGCUACAUGUGCUGCAAUUUAACUGCAUUAGAUUUUAACAUUUUACAGCUUAUUAACAGAUUUUUUCUGUGAAACGUUGAGUUAUCUUGAAAUAGCUGAUUAUGAUGGAUCAUCUCUAGGUACUAUUUAAAAACUGUCAUAUCUAGAAUGGCAGUAGAGGAGGCAAUACUCUGGAAUUAUUAGAGACAAUCAGAUUUCAUGAUAGGUUUCUAUGGAAAGCUGAGCUGGAUGAACUGAAUUGCCUCCCUCAGCUGUGGUUGCCCUUUUGUGAAUUUUUUUUCUUUGCACCCUGAAAAUAGUUAUGUACUAUGGAAGAGCUGUAGCAAAGAAUGGAAAUAAACAACAAUUCAAUCUCUUGUGCUGCAGAAAUCAAGCUCAUUUUGUUAUCAAAACUAGAUUAUGCUGAAAUUGGCUUAUUUGAGGAAAAAUAUUUGUUUUAAGUCCUAGGAGAGAGUGCAGGUUUUAUUUAAGACUUAGCUUCAAGUUUUAACUCCUCGAUGUGUUAUUCAGAAAGGAAAAUUGGAGAAAUUAUAUCAAGUUGGGGGUGAACAUGGCAAUGAUAAUCAGAUAAAAACAAGAAAAAACUUUAUACAGUGCUUUAUCAAGUGUGUGGGAAACAGCAGAAAUACUUCAUAUACAGAUUGAAUUAUUUUACAAUAAAGUGAGGUAAAGUUUGGAUCUCUAUGUCCAUUUUGCAGGUGCAACAAUGAUCAAAUUCAGCAAUUAAAUUAGGUUGUGUGAUUUUUCAGGCGUCCCUGGUGGGUGACUAUAAUGGUGUAACUAAGGCAUUGAAGGUCUUUUAUAGGCUCUUCACCAAUAUUCAAUAUCACAGAGCAGGAGCUGUAAGAUCUUAUUUUUUUAAAAAUUCAAAAUCAUUGCUGUGGAACUAUAAGGAGCAGUAGCGACUCUACAGUAUCCCAGUUGCCUUCUGUCCUCUUCCCCCUUUCCUUUAAUGUUCUGCAAUCUCCCUCCCAGGACCUGGUCCUGGGGCAAAGCAUGUGACCAAAAGCAAUUUUUAAAAAAUGGUUAAACUGCCCACAAAGGCACCAGCAAGUCGACUGAUGAGCCUGAACUCAAUUUCAGGCCUGCUUUGAGCUUCCCAGUUCAGGUGCACAUUGAACCUGCAUCCUUUCCUUCAUGCCUGAAACCGAGCGCCGACACAUUUAAACCCCAGUGGAUGUUAUGUAACUAAAUCACAGCGACCUUUAUCCACACAACAACCAUUAUUCACACAGCAAGAUCCCAUAAACAGCAAUGAAUUGAAUGAUCAGUUAAUUUGGGUUUUUUUUUUAGAAGAAAGGGGGAAAAUGAACUAUGUACAAUAAGAUUUGCAGUUCCAAAAAAUGCAUUUUGGAUAAAUAUUUUAGCUAUGAUCAGUUGACUGUGCCUGCUCCUGAAUUCUUGGAAACGUAUGGGGUAAAAAUAUUUUCACCCAAGUCUGCUGCUUACCAAGCAAAUUCAGUAGCUGUAACAGUGUAUUAAGACUGCACCGAGCUAACCAGCUCAGUAUAGAAACUAAGUUCUCCUCCAUGGGAUGGAUUUUUGUCUUCACAAAUUGGCAGGUAAUCUGGCAAAGUGAAUCACUUACCCUAUAUAAAGCCCAUCAGUUGUUAUUCCUUUCACUUCAAUGGAAUGAGGAUCGGGCAGAUUCUAUAAAAGACAGCUGAUUAAUUUUUGCCAAUUCACGGUCCACAGAUGAAGAUGCAAAUCUAUUCAUAUGAAAUUAACAGUAUUAUAACUCAAUUUAAAAUAGUGUUUGGGUUAAAAUUGUGUAUUUUGAUAAAUAUUGCAUUUUAACACUAACCAAGUGUAUUUUACUAUAUAUUUAUAUAAACCUAAAAGAUAAAUGUUAUAGCUGUCUUCUUUACAAUUAUUUGAUCAAAGUUCCUGGAUUUAGUUUCAAUGGUACUGUUCCUUUGGAUUAGCAACUUCAAUGGACAAGAAUUUGAAGCUAAACCUGGGUAACACACAGUCAUUUUAGGAUAUUUUUCUUUUAUAUGCUGUCUACAAUCAGACUUUAGUGUGUAAAAUCUGCUUAAGUAUAUCUAUUUUUGAUUUUAAAGUAGUGUUCAGUCAUGUUUCUGUUAAUAGUAACUAGUCCUGGUAAUUGUAAAGACUUAGUUUUAUAAUGCUAAGAAGUGUACUUAGUCAUUGGUGUUUGAAUAAAAAUAAAUGUUCUACAACAGCCA